AUGCCUCGCUAUCCGAACUUCACCGUCCCAGGCGCGCUACGGUUGGCGGAUUACUUUGGCACGAGCUCGUUCGCGAUGACGGGGAGCCUGCUCGCGGCGGCGAGCGGGAUGGACGCGUUCGGAUGCACCGCGGUCGGCACCAUCACCGCGGUGGGCGGGGGUACGGUGAGAGAUAUUUUGCUCGGUCAAGGACGGCGGGCGUUUUGGAUGGAGGAGCAGGAGUACUUGUGGAUCGCGGCGGGCACGGCGUUGGCGACGUUUUGCGGCUGGGAGAGCGCGAAGAAACAGUUUGGAUUUACCGAUGAUGAUUAUUGGAUCGAGGCGAGCGAUGCGUUGGGAGUCGGGGCUUUUUGCGUCAUCGGCACGCAAAAUGGCAUACGCGCGGGCGUACCUAUGAUUGCGCAGGUGUUGUGCGGAAUUAUGACGGCUACGUUUGGGGGCAUCGUGCGCGAUAUUUUAGUUCAACGGCCAACGAGAAUCUUUCACUCGUACGCCGAUAUCUACGCCACGACCGCCGCCACCGGGGCGUUGGCGUACAUCAUCGCGCGUCAAGCCGGUGCGCCGCCGUCUUUGCGGAUCAUCGCGGGCGUAAGCGCAGGUAUCGGUCUUCGCGUGGCGGCGGACACGUACGACAUCCGCCUCCCGGUGUACAACGCGGAGAACGCGAAAAAGUCCGCGGCGAGCAAGGGUGACAAGCGUCACGUGUGA